AACAUCCUGGCCCGAACUAUACACCAAAAUAAACAAUUUGGCCAAACCCGAUGUUUGACCGUUCACUUGGACGGUCAAACGCGUUGACUAACGGUCAACGCCCACGUCACUGCCAAGUCAGAAGAUCUGAUAAAGAUUUAAUUUUUUUUGUUUUUUAUUUUUGGUUUAACUAUGGUAUUAGAUGAUUUUUUUUAAUUUAUAAUAAUUUAAAAUUAGGGAAUGUGUGGAAAUUGUGAAUUAUUUUAAAUAUUUUAUGCUAACUUGGCAGUGACAUGGUGCAUUGACUAACGGUCAACGCGUUUGACCGUCCAAGUUAACGAUCAAAAGUCGGAUCUGGCCAAAUUGUUUAUUUUGGUGUAUAGUUCGGACCAGGAUGUUAUAGAUCGAAAAGAUUGGCCAGGAUGUUUAUUUUGGUCAAAGUUCAGGCCAUACGAAAAUAUUAACCCUUGUUUGUUUGAAUGAAUUUUCUUUUGGUUGGUUUCGUAUUGAGUAGACUAAAAGGUUUGGAAGUUUUUUUUUUUUAAGACAGAUGCUAAUGCAUCCUAAUUCGUAUUUAAUUAAACAACCAUGAGUUUUUGUCAACUUACACCAUGUGAGAGCAAAAAAUUGAAGUUUGGAUGGUCUACAUUCAUGCCUUUUACAAAAUUACAAGUACAAAAAUUGAUCACAAAGUUGCUCUCUAUAUACACAUGUGAAAUUUUUGACCUCCAAUCUUUAUUCAAAGUAGUUUGCUCAUUGCUGAGCUGGAAGCUUGCUUCAAUCAAAGUGUAAAAUCAAUUUGUGAGGUAAAAUUAAAGCCACAAUUUGGGCCGAACUUGAUGUCAAGGUUAAGCCUCCAUUGGGCCACAUACCGAAUGGGUUUGGAUCAUACUCGUUAGACAAGCCCAAGCCUUUUCGGCUAGACUUCUUUUCCCCGUCUGAAACUGACAUUCCAGUAUUCCACAGCAAAAGAGGGGCAAAAUUGACCCUCCGAGAAACGAAUCGAGCAAUCGCCGAUCUUUACCACCCCCAUCGCCGUUGCCGCGGCGAUAAUCGGUAACGUCCAGACCUCGAGAGAGGCAGAGAAAGAAGAUUCCGAGUUCCGACUGCUUCGCUGGAUCCCGGCAACGCAUUGUUGGUCGAGCUACUGCUACUUGUUCCUCUUCUAGGUAAGUUCUUUGAGGAAUUCAUCUCCCAGUUUCCUGCCGUGUUUUCUUUUUUGUUCAAUGAAUGAAGUGCUCGCACUCAGCAGUUUUGCAAGCUUAUCAACCAUUUUUUGUGCUCGCACAGUUGCACUAAUAUGGGUACAAGCUUGAUUUUGGGUAGGGUGAGCUGGAACGGGUGAAUGGCUUCAUCUAAAGAGAACGAGAUGGAACCGGUUGCUUCAUCUUCGGAUAAGAAUGUGUACAAGGAUCCAGAUGAUGGUCGACAGCGCUUUCUUCUCGAAUUGGAGUUCAUGCAAUGUCUUGCUAAUCCAACUUACAUCCAUUACUUAGCUCAGAACCGCUAUUUUGAAGAUGAGGCCUUCAUUGGCUACUUGAAAUACCUCCAGUAUUGGCAACGGCCAGAGUACAUUAAGUUCAUAAUGUAUCCUCACUGUUUAUAUUUUCUAGAACUUCUCCAAAAUGUAAACUUCCGCAAUGCAAUGGCACACCCAGGCAACAAGGAGUUGGCGCACAGGCAGCAAUUUUUCUAUUGGAAAAACUAUAGGAACAAUCGAUUGAGGCACAUAUUGCCAAGGCCCCUUCCUGAACCUGUUGCUGAGGCAACUCCUGCUGCUGCUCCCCCUCUGCCACCUCCACCUGCAGUCCCGAGUGGACUCCCUGCUCCACCAAUGGGAAUGCCACCAGCUCCUCCCCCUGCCUCCACGCAUUCCCCCAUGCCGUAUGGCAUGAACCCUGGGAGAAAUGACAUGAGGAAUGCGGGUAUGGAUCGAAGAAAGAGAAAGAAAGACGGUUAAUGUGAAUGGUCCACAUUAUCUCAUGAACGCAGCGAGAAAACCACGCUGCUGCUAGAUACAUGCCCAAAAAACGCAGCCAGUCAAGUAUUAUAUAUCUCGUUGUUCUGCAGCCCUUUCAUCUCGAGAAUGAACUGAAAUGCAUGAGGGAUAGUUCGCUGCCCAUAGGUUUGGUACUGUCUAUUUCUAGUUCAUGUUUUGAUGUUAUCUGGAAUGUAAUAAGACCUUCCCGAUCAAGCAUAUUUUUCCUUGAGCGAUGAAUUGAGAUCUUCCUGUUGCCAGCAGGCAGCAGGUUACUAUUUUGCUUUUGAGCUAUAGCUAUAUGUUGCCACUUUUUUUUUUUUUUUUUGUCAUUCAACCGAUCUCAAAAGAGAUGGAGAUAAGAUCCAAACAAAGUCAAUUACAAACUACGCAAUCAGGACACAUAGUCGAACCUCGACAAGAGCCGAGGCGACAAAUUCAGAGAUUUCUUGGCCACUAAAUGAGCCUCCCUGUUCUUCUGACGACCUAUGAAACGCAGAUCACAAGUACCCUCCAAACCCGCCAAUAAAGCUUUGAUAUCACG